AUGGUCAACAAGGUGUUUGGUAAUGUAGAUGCUUAUGUUUACACCAUUGAGUUUCAGAAACGUGGUCUUCCACACGCACAUAUACUCAUCAUCUUGGAUGAGAACAGCAAGUUACUUACUGCCGACGACGCCGAAAGUGUUGUGUGUGCCUACUUGCCUGACCCUGCAUCCGAAAGGCGCCUACUCGACAAUGUGAAAACGCACAUGAUUCAUGGUCUGUGCAAACCACACAACCGCAACAGUCCGUGUAUGGUGGACAACAGUUGUACGAAGAAAUAUCCCAAAGAAUACAGCGAGGAGACUGUAUACAUUUCUGAUGGUGGUUACCCGACUUAUCGUAGACCGAACAAUGGACUUGUGAUCAACGUCAGAGGUCAUCCUGUCGGAAAUGAGUUUGUUGUCCCAUACAACCCAUGCUUGCUGGUUAAGUAUGAUACCCACAUAAACGUUGAGGUGUGCUCUCAGAGCGUAAUGUAUUUGUAUAAAUACGUCUACAAGUGCCAUGACGCAGCUACCUUGGAAGUUUGGAAUGGGGAUGAAAUUGAAAAGUAA